ACAAUAUAUCUUGGUAUUAAAUGGUGACUCUAGUGACCUCUUGCUGUUUUAAUGUCAUUUACUUACUUGAUUCACGCUCGUCCUCGUCACCUUCGUCUCGUAUCCACCGCCAUUUCUUAAUUCUUUUAUCUCUCUCUCUCUCUAAACUCUGUGUCUUUCUCUCUCUACAGCCAACCCUCACUGAUGCCAAUGCCCUAAAGGACAACAACCUAAAACACCUUGUCACUACUACUACCAUCCGCUACAUCUGAUGGCAGCUACUGCGACCCACCUCAAAAUCCAAACCCAACCCACCAAACCCAAGCGUCGACGGUAUCGCGAAACCACCAUCUCCGCCUCCGCUGUACCAACUUCUGAGUCCUUAUCUGACCCUUCCCCCGCCUCGUAUCUGACCCACCACCGCAAGCUUGACCCUCCAACCGUUGUCUCCCCCGACAAUUCCUGGUGCUGCCCGGCCUCCAAAGCCCCUGCUCCUCCGCCACCACCACCGCCGCCGUCUCCGCCUCCACCACCACCACCACCACGCCACAGUACCCCACUCGCAAACUCAAACCCAGAACCCGUUUCCGUCACCGUCGUCUCCAACUCCUCCCCGUCUUUGUCGCCGUCACCGUUAAACCCUAAUUCUCCGUCAAAUCCCAAGAUUCGAUACUCACCCGGUACGGUUCCUCAAGUUAUGGACUCCAUGCCCAUCACCGCUACCACCGUCUACGGCGGCGCCACUGCCUACGAUUCCUUCCCUUCAUCUUUCAGCAAAUUCAAUUCUGCCCUCACCGCGGGACUCUUGAACCCAAUGUCGCCGCCUCCGUCGAUCGAUAAGACUCGAUCGAGUCCGACACUGUUCGAGAUGAUGGCGAGCGAGCCUGAUUGCCUCCCCAGGUCUCAGAUCCCCGCCACCAACGCCGCUGUGUCGGGCCCUAAAUCCCAAAUUUCAGUUCAAGACAAGCAAGCAUUGAUGCAACAGAGAUUAUUGGACAUUUUGGCUUCUCGUAGUCCCGGCAAUCAGUUCAAUGACCCGACGUCGAGCGACGUUAAACUGACGUUGAGCUCCAAGGAUGGUCUCAGUAUUUCCAUGAAUACUCAUAGGCAAAUCCUGGUAGCUCACAGCCGGUUUUUCGCCGCGAAGCUUUCCGAUCGGUGGUCGAAGCAACAGAGGACUUCGAAUCCUUACAUCGUCGAGAUUGCUGACUGUGACGACAUCGAGGUUUACAUCGAGACGUUGAAAUUGAUGUAUUGCAAGGAUUUGAGAAAAAAGCUUAUGAAGGAAGAUGUUUCCAAGGUCCUUGGUAUCUUGAAGGUUUCGGCCGCAAUUGGAUUUGAUGCGGGGGUUUUGUCAUGUUUGGAGUACUUGGAGGCUGCUCCAUGGGCUGAGGAUGAAGAAGAGAAGGUGGCUUCUCUUUUAUCAGAGCUUCGGCUCGAAGGGGUUGGUGCCGGCGAGGUUCUUAAGAGGGUUUCGAUUGAUGUCACAGGUGGGGUUGAUGAGGGCAAUGACAAUGAAGAAGUGCUUCUCAAGCUUUUACAGGUAGUUCUUGAAGGGAAAGAUGAGAAGGCGAGACGAGAGAUGAAGGGAUUGGUAUCGAAAAUGCUUCGGGAAAAUUCUUCUCAAAAUGAUUUGAGAAAGGAGUCCUUGUAUUCUGCUUGUGAUGGGUGCUUGCAAUUGCUUCGCUGCCAUUUUUUGCGGGCAGCAGAGGCGGACUUGCAGGAUGUGGGUCAGAUUGCGCGGCAGGCAGAUAAUUUGCACUGGAUUUUGGAUAUCUUGAUUGAUAGGCAACUUGCUGAGGAUUUUUUGAAGACAUGGGCAUCACAAUCUGAAUUGUCUGGUGUGCAUUCUAAAGUGCCUGCAAUUCAUAGAUAUGAAGUUAGCAGAGUGACUGCGAGGUUGUUUGUUGGGAUUGGAAAGGGGCAGCUAUUGGCUUCAAAAGAUGCAAGGUGCUUGCUUUUGCAGACUUGGUUGGUACCCUUUUAUGACGAUUUUGGGUGGAUGAGGAGGGCAUCGAAAGGCCUUGACAGACACUUAAUUGAGGAUGGUCUAAGCAACACUAUUCUGACUCUGCCUCUAGCUUGGCAGCAGGAAAUUUUGAUGUCUUGGUUUAAUCGGUUUUUGAACUCUGGCGAUGAUUGUCCAAAUAUACAGAGAGGGUUUGAAGUUUGGUGGAGGAGGGCUUUCUGGAGACGAAAUGGCGAACCUGAAAGGCCCCGGCAGAUUCGGGUUACAACUGCAACUAUAGAGAACUCAUGAACUUAACAGUUCCACAAUGAUCUUGGCGGUAUUGUACUAGUGCUUCUGUCUCCUUUUAUCUUCUUGCGAUCAUUCCGUCUUCAUUCCACAUUAUGGUUAUUGUUUUAAUUCUUCCGUUCUAAACGGGGUCCAAAAAUUCGUUGUAGAGGAAUUGGAUUUGUAAAGGUGGAUGGUGUGCCAGUUUUAGUCUAGAAGGAGAGGUAUAUGUAGGUGCAACUUCCAUAUUUUGUUGGGAAUAAUGAGAAUAGAAUUUGCCUGUUGUGCUCACUUUGACACUUAAAAUCUGCUCUUCUCCCUCUGUUAUCAUAUCAUAAGAAAUGGUAUUUUGGUUCAGAAGGGGUUCAUGUCAUAUAUUUUUUCAGAUUUCAGCAUCAACUAUUUGGGAGAUUGUACCUCUCAAAGAAGAGAUUUGUAACCAGUGUUCAAUCAUGAGGAGCUAGGUAAGUCAGACGAAGAUUAAGAUUGGACCCUAGUAUUGGCUUUUGCUGUCUUAAGCCUUUCUAGCUACUGGUUCUUACCAUGACAGAUUUAUAGCUGAAUUACAAUCACCGCCAAAUGAUGUAGAUUAGGUAUACAAGAAAUUCAUUUUCUAUCAAAUUCUUCUGGUGGUCAAAUGGUGAACAGAUAGAGUCACUGUCAUGCUCACCACUUACCAGGCAGUAACAAUGUACUUUCUGAUUGUGCGCAAUGUGCUGUCUUGGCCUGUGACCAAAUAUGAAGAUGGGGUCUAAAGAUAUAUUGAGCUUAUGGUGUUUGUGCAGUGGAGUAUUUUCAUGAUUAGACUUCGCUUUGCCCCUACAUUUGAUUUAUCUUGUCUAAAGCCUUGUUUGUGCAUUAUUAACUUUGCCUAUAUUCAAUGAUUCAAUGCUACAAAUGUGUUUUAUUUUACUA